AUGUCCUCAACUGAUAGUUCAUCCUUGAAAGAUACUGUAUCUAAAGUCCAAGGGUCAUUAGAUCAUAAACAACCAGAGGACCAAGAGUCAAAUCUUAGAUAUGCAGCUUAUGCAAAUAGAAUAAGAACUAUAUUAUUAGCUUCACAUCGUUAUGUUGCAUAUACUUCAGAUAUUGGUGAAUCUUUUAGACCUGUGGCUCAUCCAUGGAUAGUUAAAACAGGUUAUGCAAUCUCAUGGCUUUAUUUGAUUGGUGAUGUUUCUUAUGCAGCUUGGAUGACGAACUUAAAGAGUCAAGGUAGAUACGUACCAGGCUUAAAGCCAUGGGAUCCAGCACCAGCUCCAAAUUUAAUAGCUGCUGAAACUUUUAAAGAAACUCAUUCACCAAUAGAUUCAGAUUGGAAAAUAGUAGCUGUUAAAAGAGGAGUUUUUCAGAGUAUUGCGUCAAUGGGAUUACCUGCUUUUACUAUUCAUUCAGCCGUUCGUUAUUCAUCAAUAUUAUUUAAGAACGCAGCAAAACCUUUAAAAACUUAUGGACCAGUUGGUGUUGGAUUGGCUAUUGUUCCUGCAUUACCUUAUAUAUUCGAUGAACCAACUGAACAUGUAGUAGAUUACAUAUUUGAUAAAGGUUAUGAGUAUUAUAAAAAGGAAAAAUUAAAUUAA